AUGUCCUCAAACCCAUUACAAAUAGUUGAUAUCACAAAUCCAAUAGAAAAAUCAUCAAAAGAAUUAUUAAAUGCUCUAACAACUCAAGGUUUUGUAUUUAUAGAAGGUCAUAAUUUUACUCAAAAUGAAGUAGAUAAAAUAUUUGAAUUAUCUAAAGAGUUCUUUGAAUUACCAUAUGAUUAUAAACUGAAAUUUUCAAAAACAAAUAAUAGUAAUUCUGGUUAUAUACAUUUUGAUAGAGAAAAUUUAGAUCCAAAUAAUAAAAAAGAUUUUAAAGAAGGUUUAAAUUUAAGUGAAAUUAAUUUUAAAACUGGUAUACCUUCAGGUCCAAUACCUGAUUGGAUAAUUAAUGAUCCCGAUAGAAUUGAAUUUAUUCCAAAAAUAAUUAUAAAAUUAAAUGAGUUAGCAUUACAAUUACUUCGAAUAUUAGCCGUGGGUUUAAAAAUUGAAGAUUUAAAUAACACAGAAGGAAAAGAAUGGUUUACAUCAAGAUAUAAAUCAACAUCUAAAUCAGGUUCAACAUUAAGAUUCCUUCAUUACCCCAAGUUAACAUCAACAAAUGAUCCAAUAAGAGCUGGAGCACAUACUGAUUAUGGAAGUAUGACAUUAUUAUUUCAACGUGAAAAUCAAGAAGGUUUGGAAAUAUAUAAUAAUAAAAAAUGGGAAAAAGUUCCAUUUAUAAAAAGUUUUAAAACGGGAGAUGAUGCACCACCAAUUAUAGUGAAUAUUGGAGAUUUAUUAAGUUAUUGGACUUCAGGAUUAUUAAAAUCAACAAUUCAUAGAGUUAAAUUUAAUAAUGAAUCUUUAAAAGAAGAUCGUUAUUCCAUAGUGUUUUUUAGUCAUCCAAGUGAUGAAACUUUAUUAGAACCUGUGCCCAGUGAAUGCAUAAGGGAUUUAUCUGGUAGAGGUGUUAAUAAAGAUCAAAAUUAUAUUACGGCUUUACAACAUUUACAAAAAAAAAUUGCAAAUACUUAUGGAUGA